AUGACUCGACAGUCGAGAAGAGGUCCAUAUUCAAAAGCAUGUACAAACUGCCAUAAGGCGAAGAAAGGAUGUUCUGGUUGCAUUAAUACGCAGUGUCAGCGAUGCAUUAAAAGGGGACUUCGUUGUAUUCCUUACAAGAAUAAUUGCAAAACAGUUGAGGAUGAGCGUGGUCGAGAAACAUAUCCAAAAUUAUCUUCUUCCACGACCACAGAUUUUCAAUCCUCUUACGAAGAUCAGCAAAUAGAACCUUCGGAAAUUCAGAUAACACAAAUUCAAGAAAUUAUGCAUGGAAAUAGUGAAAACAAACACAUUACUAACUUGAUUCGUUGCGAUGAUCAACCAGAGAAACCCUUGUAUUCACCUGCUAAUGAUGCCAAUUAUAAUGCGUUAUAUGUGUUACACGAAG